AUGGAGCCGCCAUCUGAGGAGAAAAGAAGGAGCCAUGUCAUCACUAUAGACCCAAAUGAAACCAUCUUGACUGCCUUUCCUUACAGACCUCAUAACUCUCUGCUCGAUCUCCUGAAGGGGGAGCCAAAAGUUUUGGGGGCCACCCAGAUUCUCCUUUCUCUGGUCAUUGUGGGCCUUGGGAUUAUAUUAGCAUUGAAUUUCAUCUUUUUCUCCAAAAAAUUUCCUCUCGUGAUCCUCACAGGAUAUCCAUUCUGGGGAGCAGUUAUUUUUUCUCUGACAGGAUUCAUCACAGUGUUCAAUGAUAAAUUAAGACGAAAUCUGAGACCAGCAGUCACAACCAUGAAUAUCUUCAGCUUGCUGGUUGCAUUAGCUGGGAUUGCCUUGAUCCUCAUCAGCUUUACACAGCAGCACAAAUUCUGCCAGGCGCCCUCCCUCGAAGGAACGUGUGUCGUAGGCAGAACGCUUCUCCUUGGAAUUUUGUCCAUUUUAUUAAUCAUCACCAUAGUGGAGUUCAGCAUCUCUGUGACUAUUACAUUCUUCAGAAGCAAUUGCUGGACCAGUUCAAGAAAGGCUGUAUUCUUCUUCCCUUCAGAAGUUCCUCAAAAUACUGAACAGCCUGUGCCAGAAGAAAAUAAUCAAUUACAGUUUGAGUUUCAAGGAAAAUCUCCCAGUGAUAAUACAACUUCAAAUGUAACAACCAUUUUCUUAGGAGGUUAUGCUUUCUACAAGUUAAGAGGCUUAAGAAAUCCUUCAGCUCCCAAAAAUAUCUCACAGAAAAGUGAUAAGGGUACAUCUUCUAUGCAUGUUCCAGAUGAGCAGGAGACUAUUCCUCCACCCUCCCUAAAGGAAGAAACUAAACUGGAUGCUUUACCUCCCCCAUUAACACCAAAGUCUUCAGAAAAUAUUCCUUCCCCAAAAGAGUCUAGAAGCAAUAACCUGAAUGAUGAGGGCCUAGAAUCUAUUACACGUCAAACCUCUGAUCUGCAACCCAAAUUGAUUGAUGACCAAAAUAUGUCACCCAAAUUUCUAAAAGCUCCAUCUUCACAUAAUUUCUCCCCUUUGUUACCUGACAGUUUAUCAUCCCAAACAUUAAUGGCAGCUCUGUCAACACAAGUCUUACAAUCUAAACCCCCAUCAUCCCAUAUUUCGCAGUCUUAUGAUCUGACAUCUGAGGACUUGCCUUCUGAAGACAUACCAUCUCAAGAAACCCCAUCCCAAGACAUGCAAUUCCAAGAUACACUCACUCAAGGCAUAUCAUCCCAAGAGACUCAAUCAGAAGAUAGUCCGUACCAAGAUAUACUAACUCAAGACAUACCUUCCCAAGAGACUCCAUCCCUAGAGACUCCAUCCCAAGGGCUGUCAUUCCAAGAUACACUAACUAAAGACACAUCAUUCCAAGAUACUCCAUCUCAAAAUACUCUAUUCCAAGAAACUCCAUACCAAUAUACUCCAUUCCCAAAGACUCCAUCCCCAAAGACUCCAUCCCAAGAAGGCCCAUACCAAGAUAUUCCAUCCCCAAAAAUUCCAUCCCCAAAGACUCCAUCCAAAGAAAGCCCACACCAAGAUACAUUAACUCUAGACAUACCAUCCCAAAGGACUCAAUCUGAAGAAACUCCAUCACAAGAGAUUUCCUCUCAAGAAACACCAUUGCAUGAUUUGAAAUACCAAGAUGUACUAUCUCCAGAAAAAAUAUCGCAAAGCACACAAACCCUAGAUACAGUGGCCCAUGACAUGUCAUUUUCAGAUCUUCAAGCACUAAACACUGAAGUUCAAAUCCAGCAAGAUCCAGAAAUAUUUUAUAGAGACAUUAGAACAGAAGUCAUGGAGCUGACUGAAGAGUGGAACUCUAAUAUGAGCAAGAAAACCCCAAGAAGACUUUCCUUAUCCUUGCCAGGCAAACAUAAAAUAUUCUCUCAGAAGAGACAUUCCCUGGACCUACAAAUCAAAGGUGACGAAGCCCCAAGGAGACAUUCUGUGGACGUACAAAGGAAAACUUCAAGACGGAAAUCCAUAGAUCAGCAAAUCAAAGCCUGGCUAUCCACAAAGAAGCACACCACAGAGAAACAAGAUGCAUAUACUCAAACCUCAGAGCUAUUCCUCCACCAGCAAUCUGAUCAGCAGCAGGUCAAAGAGGAGGAGGUCCCAGUACAACAACCCCAAGAUGAGCAAAGCAAAGACCAAAAAUCUGUAGAGGAGCUAUACCCAGGAGAACAGCUUAACAGCAAGGAGGAAGAUCAGCAGUGUGAUGAAAAGCCACGUCCAGAAGAACAAGUUCAACCAUCUGAAGACGAGCAGUCUCUAGAGCAGCAAGUCCUGAAUAGCCAGCAAGAAAGACAGCAAGCGCUAGUAAGGAGAACCCCGAUGCCGUCAUGUUUGGACUGGGACUCCCAAAGCUUUCAAUUCUCAGAAAGGUCAUGUUCAUAUUGGUCAACUCCAUCCUGGCAACCUGUUAGCCUGGGAUCCCAGGACUGGAGAAGUCAAGGCUGGAGAAACAAAGAUUGGAAAGCACAAGAAUGGCAGUUUGAAAUACAGCCUUCCUUGGACUGGGAAUCCCAAGAGCUAUUAGAAAGAGAAUCCUUAAGGCAAAGGGCACUAUAUCAAGAAGUCCAACCCCGCAGCACCAUAGUCCAACACACCCAAGAUCGUCAAUUGUGUAACUUUGUAUUUCAAGUAGGUCUGUGUCAAGGUAACGACCAACAAUCUGGUGUUUUAAGAGGAGAUAUGCACGCUGCAGAUGAUGUACAAACAAGAGACAGGGAACCCCAAGACACAGAAGACAUAGAAAAUACAUGCCAAAAACCAAAAGACCAGCAGUCAGAAGACAUAAGGCCAGAUAAUUACCCUGUUUCUUGUCAGAGCUUGGUUCCAUACACAUAUAUAACUUGUUUAUCCAAUAUAGAUUCAGAGCAAGAGGUGCAGAACAAUACGCCCUGUUCAGAUUCAUCCAAAGAUCUGAAUGUCACUUCUUCCUCAUGCUAUCAACAAGAUCAACAACAAUCUGAGGACUCAGACUGA